UUUCUGUCUGGCAAGAAGUUAGUUCCUGCUCUUCCCUGGCCGUUUCCUGUAAUCGUACAGUGUUGUGAGACGGAGAAAGCCAUGUGUGUCGAUGCAAAGCUGUUUACUUGAAAGAAGAGAAGAAUUGGAAACCAAAUAUAUAGCUUCCAUCUCGGAGUCUUUUUAACACUGUGCCCAUCUCCCUGCGUGGAGGGGGCAAGAUGGCAGAUCCCAUUAUGGACCUCUUUGAGGACACGCCCCUGUUUAACCUGGAUGCCCUACCGGAUGACUCCUUCUCUCAGGGCUCCUCGGACCCCGUGGAGGAAGCUCUCAAGCUGGCUUUGGGCCAGGUUGACCCGACGUCUGAACCAGAGUCCACCCCUGACCUCACGGUCAACACGAGCCUCGGUGUUCCUGUAGCAGCUCCUGCCAUCCCAGACCCCGCCCCUCUCCAAGUUGCCUCGCAGCAGCCCGUGACCGUGGCGACUGCUCAGACUGUUUCCGUAGCUGCCGCCCCCGCCGCCACCCUCUCCGCCGCCGUCGACGCCAUACCUCAAAUACAAGCUCAGACCACCAUACCCAUGGCCAGCAACGCCAGUGUGGCGACCAGUAGCACUGUCCUGCUGAGCUCCCCUUUGACUGUUUCUAGCCCUUCGGCUACAACCACCACCGCCACCACGCAGCAGCUCGCACAGAUCACUCACCAGCUCACUCCCCAGCAGCUAGCCGCCAUCACGCAGCAGGCCGGUGGCAAAAUCGUCAUUCUGAAAGGACCCCAGGGUCAGGCCCAGGUGCUGCAGACUGUGUCGGGAGCCACGGCCCAGACCACCGGAAAGGUCAUCCGCGUGCUGUCGGGCACCCCGCUCAAACCCGGAAUGUCCAUAUUACAGGGGGGGGCCGUCCUGAACCAGGCUAGCCCAGGACAAACCCAGGUCAAGGUGGGCACCGCGGGAGUGCAGAGGCUGCUGCAGUCUCCCAACGGCCCGGUGAAACAGGUGUUGCUCACAUCCAUGCCCCAGCAGGUCCAGCAAACGCAGGGCCAGUCCGUACAGGUGCAGAUUCCAGCCCAGGCGGCCAUGGCUCAGGGUCAGACCACAGUCCACGUCCAGCCCCAGGCUGCCCAGAUACAGACCCAGAACCAAGCUCAGAUCCAGGUCCAGACACAGGGCCAAGUGCAGCUGCAGCCGGCCAUGCAGACGCAGUCACAGGGUGGAGAAGCAAAGCGCAUCACCUUGGUCCUGCAGCAGCCUUCCCAGACCGGCUCCGCCGCACAGUCGGGUCAAACGGUCACAGCUCAGACGCAGGUGGCCCAGGUCCAGCAGGUCCAGGCGGGCCAGCAGGCCCCCACCAGGCUGGUGCUGGGGCAGCUCCCUGGUGGCAAACUGGUGCUCCAAGGAAGCCAGAUAGCAGCCCUGACCCAGGCUCGGGCCGCGGGCCAGGCAGGAGGGCAGCCCAAAGUCCUCACCAUCCAGCUGCAAGUGCAACAGCAGCCCAACCAGCAGGGGGGAGUGAAGUAUCAGCUUGUGUCCGGAGCUGGAAACGCCGGCAGCCCUCAGGUGCUGCAGAUCUCCCAGGGCCAAGGAGGACAGAGAGUUGCGGUCCCUCUCAAAAUGCUCCUGCAGCCACAGACGAGCUCAGCCUCCUCCACUGGCGGCGCCGUCUCGGUGGUGAAGGUCAUCAACACUUCUACGGCGGGCCCCUCGACCACCACCACCACCCCCACCCAGGCCAUCCGCAUCAGCAAGGCUCCCGGGGAGUCGGCCGCCGUGCGCCGCGUGGAGAUCCUCUGCAAGCAGGAGAAGGCCAACCGCAUCGUGGCCGAGGCCAUCGCCCGGGCCAAGGCCCGCGGCGAGAAGAACCUGCCCCGGGUGCUGAACCAGGACGAGCUCCCCGCCACGCAGAGCUCCCCGGAAGCGGGGGGCGCCGUGUCCGUCGUGUCCACCGGCAAGAAAAAGAGCGGCGGGAGCAAAAAGAAGAGCCCUGUGGCCGGAGGGCACCUGCCGAAAAUGGUAGUCGGAACCGACAAAAAGGGCAAAGUCAAGACUCCAGGAGGAGCGGUUUCGAUAGCCGGAGGCGGAGUGAUGCCUGUGACCGGGAACAAGAGCAAAAGCAAAAAUAAACCAAACACUAUUACACUAGUGGGAGCAAAGAAACGAAAGAGAAACGCCUCCUCCGACCACUCGGAUGGGGAGCAGAGCCCCGCCUCCCCUGCGGCGCUGGAGGACGACUUGAUCAUGAAGAGGCGCUCCAAUCGCGUGGUGAAAAGGAAGAAGUACACGGAGGACCUGGACAUCAAGAUAACAGACGACGAGGAUGAGCAGGAGGACGUCGACGUCACCACGACGGCGGCCGCCGUGGCCUCCAUCAGCGGGGGGGCGGCGGCGCAGCUCAAGCAGGAGGUGGAGCUGGAUCCCGAUGGACUGCAGAGUAUGCAGUUCUUUGUGGAAAAUCCAAGCGAGGAGGAUGCUGCCAUUGUGGACAAAGUGCUGUCUAUGAGAAUAACCAAGAAAGAGAUUUCUUCCAGCCAGUAUAUGAAUGUUGAGGAAUUCUUUGUAAAAUACAAGAACUAUUCAUACCUGCACUGUGAAUGGGCCAGUUUGCAGCAGCUGGAGAGGGACAAGAGGAUCCAUCAAAAGAUCAAGAGGUUCAAGACUAAGCACGCACAGAUGAGGCACUUAUUCCAGGAGGAUGAAGAGCCUUUUAACCCAGACUACGUGGAGGUGGACAGGAUCCUGGACGUGUCCCACAGUGUGGAUAAGGACAAUGGCGAGCCCGUUAUCUACUACCUGGUGAAGUGGUGCUCUCUGCCAUAUGAGGACGCCACAUGGGAGCUUAAGGAGGACGUGGACGAGGGCAAAGUCGAAGAGUUCGGCAAAAUCCAGAACCGGCAACCUCGUUUGAAGAGAACGACACGACCUCAAGCCAGUUCAUGGAAGAAGUUAGAGGAGACCAGAGAGUAUAAGAACAGCAACACAUUGCGAGAGUAUCAGCUAGAAGGAGUCAACUGGCUCCUCUUCAACUGGUACAACAGGCAGAACUGUAUCCUGGCAGACGAGAUGGGCCUGGGGAAGACCAUCCAGUCCAUCGUGCUGCUGUCAGAGGUCUAUGCUGCCGGGGUCCAGGGCCCCUUCCUCGUCAUAGCGCCCCUCUCCACCAUCACCAACUGGGAGAGGGAAUUCACCACAUGGACCCCCAUGAAUGCCAUCGUGUACCACGGCAGCCUGGCCAGCCGACAGAUGAUCCAGCAGUAUGAGAUGUACUGCAAAGACGACAAGGGACAUUUAAUUCCAGGUGCAUACAAGUUUGAUGCCCUCAUCACAACCUUUGAGAUGGUGCUGUCCGACUGCCCGGAACUGAGGGAGAUCUCCUGGCGCUGCGUGAUCAUCGACGAGGCUCAUCGCCUUAAAAACCGCAACUGCAAGCUGUUGGACAGCUUAAAGAUGCUCGACCUGGAACACAAAGUGCUGUUGACCGGCACCCCUCUUCAGAACACGGUGGAGGAACUCUUCAGUCUGCUUCAUUUCCUGGAACCUGCUCAGUUCCCUUCAGAAAUAGAGUUUCUGAGGGACUUUGGAGACCUUAAAACAGAAGAACAGGUUCAGAAACUGCAGGCGAUCUUAAAGCCGAUGAUGCUGCGAAGGCUCAAGGAGGAUGUGGAAAAGAACCUGGCACCCAAACAGGAGACCAUCAUCGAGGUUGAGUUGACUGAUGUUCAGAAGAAGUACUACCGGGCCAUCCUGGAGAGGAACUUCAGCUUCCUCAGUUUAGGCGCAAAUAGCAACAGCAACGUCCCCAACCUGCUCAACACAAUGAUGGAGCUCCGCAAGUGCUGCAACCACCCCUACCUCAUCAACGGUGCAGAGGAGAAGAUCGUUGCGGAGCUGCGGGAGGUGUAUGACCCCAUGGCCCCCGACUUUCAUCUGCAGGCCCUCAUUCGUUCAGCCGGAAAACUGGUGCUACUGGACAAGCUGCUGCCUCGUCUUAAGGCUGGUGGCCACAAAGUGCUCAUCUUCUCUCAGAUGGUGCGCUGCCUAGACAUUCUGGAGGACUACCUCAUCAAUAAAAGGUAUUCUGUUGUAAAAAGGGAGCUCUCUGAGGCCAUUGUUGAAAGCUUUGGUGAAGCAGGAGACAUCUCAACAUGCCCUGCUUCUCACAGAUACCUUUAUGAGCGGAUUGACGGCAGAGUGCGUGGAAACCUGCGACAGGCUGCCAUCGACCGCUUCAGCAAACCUGACUCGGACCGCUUCGUCUUCCUGCUGUGCACCCGCGCCGGCGGCCUGGGGAUCAACCUGACUGCUGCAGACACCUGCAUCAUAUUCGACUCCGACUGGAACCCUCAAAACGACCUGCAGGCCCAGGCGCGAUGUCAUCGUAUCGGCCAGUCCAAGGCGGUCAAGGUCUACCGUCUCAUCACCAGGAACUCGUAUGAGAGGGAGAUGCUGGACAAAGCCAGCCUGAAGCUGGGGCUGGACCGCGCCGUGCUGCAGAGCAUGAGCGGCAACAAAGAAAGCAACGUCAACGGGCAAAUCCAGCAGUUCUCCAAAAAGGAAAUCGAAGACCUGUUGAGGAAGGGAGCCUAUGCCGCCAUCAUGGAUGAGAACGACGAGGGCAGCCGAUUCUGCGAGGAGGACAUCGAUCAGAUCCUCCAGAGGAGAGCCACCACCAUCACCAUCGAGAGCGAAGGCAAGGGUUCCACCUUCUCCAAGGCCAGCUUCGUGGCCUCUGAGAACCGCAGCGACAUAGCCCUCGAUGACCCUGAAUUCUGGGAGAAGUGGGCAAAGAAGGCAGACAUAGACGUGGACACCAUCAAUCGGAAGAACACUCUGGUGAUUGACACUCCCAGAAUUCGGAAGCAGACCCGACAGUAUUCCACUUUACGUGGGGAAGGGGGAGACCUGUCCGAUAUGGACAGCGAUGAAGAGUAUCCGCCUGCGAAUUCUAGACAUUCCCGUUCUUCCCGCCGCUCCGAUCGCCACAGCGGAAAUGGCUACGGCCGCACAGACUGCUUCCGGGUGGAGAAACACCUGCUUGUCUACGGGUGGGGUCGCUGGAGGGACAUCUUAUCCCAUGCCAGGUGCAAGAGGCGUCUGAGCGAGCGCGACGUGGAAACCAUCUGCCGAGUCAUCCUGGUCUUUUGUCUGCUCCACUACCGCGGAGAUGAGAACAUCAAGAGCUUCAUCUGGGAGCUCAUAACUCCACCGGAGAACGGCCGCGAACCCCAAACACUACUCAACCACUCCGGCCUUUCUAUUCCUGUCCCGAGGGGCCGGAAGGGUAAGCGGGUAAAAGCCCAAAGUACAUUUGAUGUCCAGAAGGUGGAGUGGAUCCGCAAAUACAACCCCGACACCCUGCUGCUGGAUGACAGCUACCGCAAGCACCUCAAGCACCAGUGCAACAAGGUUCUGCUGCGGGUGCGUAUGCUCUACUACCUGAAACAGGAGGUGAUCGGGGAGCACGCCGACUCUGUCCUGAAGGGGGUCGAUAUCAGGGAUGUGGACAUCUGGAUGCCAGAGAUGGAGCAGCAGGAGGUGCCUGCAGGGUGGUGGGACUCGGAGGCGGACCGCUCUCUGCUCGCUGGCGUGUUCAAACACGGUUACGAGAUGUACACCACCAUGCGGGCCGAUCCCUGCCUGUGCUUCCUAGAAAGAGUCGGUCGACCCGACGACAAGGCCAUCGAUGCUGAGCAGCACACCGGCGACGCCGAGCUGGGAGAUGAUGCUGACUAUGAUAAAUACUCUGAGGAUCCAGAGUUCAAGCCGGCAUCGAGGCACACCAAAGAUCUUUUCGAGGAGCCUGAUUCCAUGAACGUGGACGAUGAGAUCUCGGUGGAUCACAAAGCGGGACCCGUGGCCACCGAGAGCGCCCCCAGCCAGAGCGGCGCCUGCGAUUGGCCCUCCAGCUCGUCCCUGACGGCGCGGCUGCGGCGGCUGAUCACGGCCUACCAGCGCAGCUACCGGCAGGAGCAGCUGAAGAUCGAGGCGGAGGCGAAGGGCGACCGCCGGCGCCGGCGCUGCGAGCAGGCCAGCAAGCUGAAGGAGAUCGCCCGGCAGCAGCGCCAGCAGAGGUGGACGCGCAGGGAAGAGUGCGACUUCUACCGCGUGGUGUCGACAUUUGGCGUGGAGAAGGUGAAAAAGGAGCCGGGGCUCCCGGAGGGCGUCGAGGCCGACUUCGACUGGAACCGCUUCCGGACCUUUGCUCGCCUGGAUAAAAAAACGGACGAGAGCCUGAGCCGGUACUUCCGCUGCUUUGUGGCCAUGUGCCGGAGGGUGUGCCACCUCCGCCCCGGCCGCGACGAAGAUCCGGCAGAGCUCGCCCAGACGGUGGCCCCCAUCACCGAGGAGCGGGCGUCGCGCACCCUGUACCGCAUCAGCCUCCUGCGCCGCCUCCGCGAGCGGGUGCUCCCCCACCCGUCCCUGGAGGAGCGGCUGCCCCUGGCCCCGUCCAGCUCGGAGCUGCCCGCCUGGUGGCUGCUGCCGGACCACGACCGGCAGCUGAUGCUGGGCGCCGCGCUGCACGGCGUCAGCCGCACCGAGCUCUCCAUCUUCGCCGACCCCCAGUUCUCGUUCGCCGCCGCCCGGGACGACUUCGUCCUGAACCAGCAGGCCCCGCCUCCUCCUCCCCCCCCGCCGCCGCCGCCCCCGCCCCAGGCCCCGCCCCUCAUGGCGCUCAGCCAGCCCAAGCCCGAGCUGCUGGUGGCGGAGGGGAAGGAGGAGGAGGCGGACGGGGGCGGGCGGCUGCUCGGCGCCCCGCUGCCGACCCCCCCGCUGGCCCACCACGCCGGAAAAGCGCGAGAUCAGGGCUGGAGCUUCAAGAGGAGCCGGGAGAGGGGGGAGAGGGCGAGGGGGGGUCCGACUCGGACUCGGACUCUGACUCGGGCUCCUCGUCCUCGGAGCGUUGGAGACAUGGACGAAGAGAACAGCUUGCUCUCCACGACUCUGUCUCAGGACGGCAUGCCUCCCCCCGAUCCGCUCCGAGUCGACUGGCCAAAGGACCGGGUGCUGAUCAACCGCCUGGACAACCUGUGCACCCUGGUGCUGAGCGGCCAGUGGCCCUCAGGGCGCCGCUACCUGCCCGAGGCCCAGCUCAACCCCAGCUCGGAGCUGCUGGGAGACGAGGCGGCCUACACGCGGGUGGUCCGGAAACCCAGCGGCACGCCCACCGGCCUCGGCGGCGAGGGCGAGGACGGCGAGUUCACGGUGAAACUCCUAAAGGAGGAAGGCCUGAAACUGACCUUCUCUAAGCAGGCGCUGAUGCCCAACGGGUCGGGGGGGGAGAGCAGCAGCCGCAAGAAGCGCAAAGAUCCAGAGCUGUCAGACCUGGAUGGACUCCACGACGCUUUGGAGCGUGCCCCUCGACGAAGAGACCCUCCCACGUGGCUGAAGGAGAACCCCGACUACGAGGUGGAAGGAGACAUGCUGGAGUUACUGGUCAACAGGAGCAAGAGGAAGAGGAGGAGGAGGACGGAUAAACCUCUGACAGGCACUGAGAAAGUCAAGCUCAUCAACAUGAGGACUGGGAAGAAGGUCGGAGCCGCUUUCUGUCCGAUGCUGCAGGACCUGAGGGAGUACAUGGAGGAGAACCCCGACAGCGCCGUGGCACCCGAGUGGUCCGAAACCGUCAGGAACUCUGGCUUCCUGCCCGAGUCCCUCUUCCACCGACUUCUGAACGAGCACUCGGAGAUCCCGAAGAAAAGCCGGCGCCGUCACCACCACCAUCACCACCACCACCACUACCACACCCCCGACCCCACCCCCGAGGACCCCAACUUAGACGGAGUGGAAGAGGAGACCCUGGUGUCCGACGGAGCCUACAUGAUGGACGAGGAGGACCUGGACACGUCCCACCACUUCCUUACAAGUCCUGAAUUUCACAUUAAAAUGGAAGGGGGCGACAGCCUUUCGCAAGGCGACAGCUCAGACGACAGCUCGGAUCAAGAAGCCCUAUUGGACGAUGUUAUUAUAGCACAGAAGGACUCCGACUCCUCAUCAAGCUCAGAGGACUGA